AUUUGUGUUGUAGUAGUACCACAGUUUAUCCCAUAGGGGGCGUGCUCAAAGAAAUAUAAUUAAGGCAGGAUUGCGUUAUCAUUAAAGCAGUCAGGGCUCCGCUUAUACGCGCUAUAUCCCGCCGUGUAUUAUUGGUGACUCUUCCUUUAAACAUUUAAUGACGAACACCUUUUGUAUGAAUGCAAAUCCUGACUAACCACUGCACGUGUAUGUGUCGCAACGUGAAUCAACAGUUUGAAAUGCAGCCUCUGCCUACGGGAGCGCGACGAAACCAAGUUAAUUUGCCUGUGGACACAAGGCGAGGUCACGUGACCCCCCGGUGCACAGGCAGAGUCCACAGUGCGCGUGCCCGUGGAUACUAAACCGACGACCCUCCCGCGCGGGCUAUCAUCAUUCACACAGGGGAGACGGUCCUGUACGUAGAGAGGAGCGGUUUUUAUAGUUCGCCCGCUGAAAAUGUGUUCACCUCGGGCCUGCUUUGAUGGCGGUUGCGACGAAUAUUUGCGUCGGUGUUUUCGGGUGAUGCAAUGACAGAAACGGCACUUUUCAGUCCGUUUGCCCUGCCCGGUGCAAGCAAGCAACGAGUGCUGUGUGCAUGUGUACAGACGUGACGAAGUACACGAUAUGUGCUCUUUACGGUGAGAUUUCAGAACCGAGGUGCUUGCAGUGGACCGACGCAAACGUAGCUUUUAAUUCGCGUGUUUUAAUGAAUUGUACUUCUUUUAUUUUGGCCUUGCGCGUUGAAUUGGCGGAAAGUCUGGAAGAGACAUUGAACUGGUGAUACGGACCUGUAUCAGGUCUGACAGUAAUGCGAAAGCGUUUAUUUCAAGCGGUGAGUUUUAAUCGACGUCUGAAACGGAUUAUACAGCGUCGCUUUGCGAGCUGACAGAAGCCUUUGUUGUUGGCGAUCAUUGGCAAUAAACCAAGAGGAAAAAACGACCUUCAGAGACGACCAUGGCUAACGACUCCAUCCAAAGUGAUCCCGGCGGGUUGUCUGUUCUAGAGCAGCUGGGCUUGGACCACAAUUCUGAUUUCUCCGACUCAAGCGUUCAGCAGCGCUUGGACGAACAGAGGGAGCGAAUCCGUCGCGAAAUCCGAAAGGAGCUGAAGAUUAAAGAGGGAGCGGAGAACCUCCGCCGAGCCAAUACGGAUAAGCGUAAUGCUCAGCAGGUGGAGAGUCAGUUACGGAGCUCCAAUCGACGGCUGGACUUGCUCCAUGCUCAGCUCCAGGAACUGGACGCUCACAUCGUCGUCAAAGGGACCGACGAUUCACGCGAAGAUGCCCCGCAGUCUCCGGGCGCAGAGAGCAGGUCAUCGGCGCAUAAGGACAGAAUCGGCGCGUUGGAAAGGCAGCUAAACAUCGAGCUCAAAGUCAAACAGGGGGCUGAAAACAUGAUCCCCAUUUACGCCAAUGGCUCCACCAAGGAUAAGAAGAUGAUGCAGACAGCUCAGCAGAUGCUACAAGACAGCAAGACCAAGAUCGACAUCAUCCGCAUGCAGAUCCGGAAAGCCAUGCAGGCCAACGAACACAAUGAUGAUGUACAGGGAAAGCCCGACCCCUGUGGCAUGGAGCUACGGAUCGAGGAGCUCCGCCACCAUUACCGCGUGGAGCACGCUGUUGCCGAGGGCGCCAAAAAUGUCCUCAGACUGCUGGGGGCCAGCAAAGUACAAGACAAGAAGGCCAUGUCAGAGGCUCAGUGUCGUUUGAGCGAGUCGUCCCAGAGGUUGGAUCUGUUGAGAGAUUCACUGGACCGGCGGUUAGCCGAACUUCCCGAGGAUCAUCCCAAAGCCUCCGUGAUUAGAGAGGAACUGGUUUUAGCCUCCUCGCCGGCAUUCAGCUCGCGCCACAGCGCCCCCUACGUGCACAACCAGUACAGCACCCUCUCCAAACCCUCUCCUCUAACUGGCACGCUUCAGGUGACCCUGCUGGGCUGCGUGGGUGUGCUGGAGGUGGUUCCCGGCCGCGUCCGCGGCAGUCAGGUCAUGUUGCCUUGUUACAGUCCGGGAGAGGGGCGGUCCUUCAUGAGGAGCGGGAAAGGCCUAUACAGUCGCAGCGGCAGCGUUAGUGGAAAAACACCGCCUAAACAAGAUGAACUCUCCUCGGAGGUGAGCGCAGUACUGAAGAUGGAUAACUCAGUCGUGGGUCAGACGGCUUGGAAGACAGUUGGAGAGCAGAGCUGGGAUCAAGCCUUCACCAUCGAGCUGGAGAGAUCCAGAGAGAUGGAGAUGGCGGUAUACUGGAGAGACUACCGCUCUCUGUGCGCGCUGAAGUUUCUCAAGCUAGAGGACUUCCUGGACAACCAGAAACACACAGUUCAGCUAGAACUAGAACCACAGGGGCUACUGUUGGCCGAGGUCACCUUCUUUAACCCUGUGAUCGAGAGAGUCCCACGACUGAAACGACAGAAGAAAGUCUUCUCCAAGCAACAGGGUAAAGCGUUCCUGCGAGCUCGACAGAUGAAUGUUGAUAUCGGCACGUGGGUGAGAUUAUUGAGGAAUGCCAUACCGACCGUCAACAACACGGGAACCUACAGCCCUCAUGCACACGCCAUACAGACGGGAGAGAUAUCCGUGGAGAAGUUGAGUUUAGACAACGACUCGCCAGCGAAGGUGGACAUCCGACGAGACGUGUCCGAUAUACAAACUCCGGAACGUCAGCCGGUCACUGAGCCCAUCUCUCCUCCUGACUUCAACACACCUGAUCGACCAAACAGAACCCAAUCGCUCAACAGUAAACAGAAGAACACGCCCCUGAGUCUAGAGGACUUCCGGUUAAUCGCUGUUCUGGGCAGAGGUCAUUUUGGAAAGGUGCUGUUGGCUGAAAAUAAGAAGUCAGGGAACAUGUACGCCAUCAAAGCCCUGAAGAAGGGAGAUAUUGUGGCCAGAGAUGAAGUGGAAAGUUUGAUGUGCGAGAAGCGCAUUUUCGAGGCGGUGAACAGCGUGCGCCAUCCCUUCCUCGUCAACCUGUUUGCAUGCUUCCAAACUCCCGAGCACGUGUGUUUCGUCAUGGAGUACACGGCUGGCGGCGAUCUGAUGAUGCACAUACACGCAGAAGUCUUCACUGAGCCACGCGCAGUGUUUUAUGCUGCUUGUGUGGUUUUAGGACUUCAGUUUUUACACGACCACAAGAUUGUGUACCGAGAUCUGAAAUUGGACAAUUUGCUGCUUGAUACAGACGGUUAUGUGAAGAUCGCUGACUUUGGAUUGUGCAAAGAAGGCAUGGGAUUUGGAGAUCGGACCAGUACGUUCUGUGGGACCCCUGAGUUUUUGGCUCCCGAGGUUCUGACAGAUACGUCGUACACGCGGGCGGUGGAUUGGUGGGGGCUCGGAGUGCUCAUAUACGAGAUGCUGGUUGGAGAGUCACCGUUUCCAGGUGAUGAUGAAGAGGAGGUUUUUGACAGCAUAGUGAACGAUGAAGUUCGAUAUCCACGAUUCCUUUCGUCAGAGGCCAUUGGCAUCUUGAGAAGGUUACUAAGAAGAAAUCCAGAAAGACGAUUGGGCUCUGGCGAGAAAGACGCAGAGGAUGUAAAGAAACAACCUUUCUUUAGGAACAUGGACUGGGAGGCUCUUCUCCUCCGUCAACUCCCUCCUCCCUUCCUUCCAUCCAUCAGAGGAAAAGAGGACGUCAGCAACUUCGACGAAGAAUUCACGGCAGAAGCGCCGUCCCUCACCCCGCCACGGGAACCCCGCGUGCUUACGCGAAAGGAUCAGGACAGCUUCCGCGACUUCGACUAUGUGUCUGACCUCUGCUGAGAACGUGAUAGCGCCGUUGAGAGACGCUCAUGAAGACGCGCAGCCAAUUUUGGCUUUUGGGUGUUUGAGUUCAGCGCUGGACCUGUGAACACUGUGAUGGAUGAGUGGAAAAGAGAACGAGACGGGGAUUGUAAGAUUAGGUUUGAAGUUUGUUUGUUGCCAGGUGGUUUAAAGGCAUUUCGAACACCCCUGGGUAAAUUGACGGGUUCGUCUUGAGGUGUCGUACAGAUCCACAGUCUCGAGUUCAUCCGAUUUUGCAAGAAGCACAUCACGUCUCAUGAAAAAUUAUGUGAAGGUCACCAAAAGAGUACCUCAGUGAAUUUUGAAAAGGGACGAGAGCAUAUUGGGACAAUGCAUUUACAUCUUGAUUAUGGGUUGAAAAGGGUGUUAAGUGCUUAAUACCAGUCGGACUAAUGCCUUUGCCAGGAAAUAUUCUGUUCUUAUCAACUUUCCAUACAGUUUUGCUGUCUGAAUACAAAUUUAGGGAUUUGCACGAAAGAACUCAACAAUUUUAAAGCACCGUAAAAUGAUCGACUGUGCAGAUAGUUGGGUGGACGUGUAGUUUAAAGGAACAAUUUACCAAAGAAUGAACAUUUUGUCAUGAUUUAUUCCCCCUCAUGCCAUUUCUUUUUUUUUGCAACUAUUAAUUCAAGAAUGUCUUGACAUAAGUGUACACAAACAAUGCCGUUCAUUCCUCUCGUGUUGUGGAUAUCGCUGUUGUUUUGGUCUUUGCACAUUUUUGAAAAGUAAACCACUUCAGAAGACGUAAUCAAUGCUGGUCUACAAAAAUUUCCGUAUUUGGCUUUUUCCCCAUUAUACAAACGUUUGAACAAAAUGAAACCGACAGAACAUUUAAAUGCAAAAAAACCCUAAAACCGGAAGUGCUUCUGGACCAGUGUUUACAUCUUGUAUAGACAAUAUAGACGAGGUGGUCUAUAACACCGUGUCCACACCGGAAGCGGCGCGAUGCGACACGACAGAAGACAAUAGAACGCAUUAGAUCCUAUAAUAAUUGAACAUUUUGUCCACACUGGAUGCGGCGUGAUGCGACAAUCCCAUUAGAACAAGCCGUGUGUCGUGUCGCACCGAUCGUGUAGAGCCUAGACACGGUGUGAGUUCAGGAAUGGAAUAGAAAGAGACACAUGUCAAGAGUUUUUCAAAUAAUGGAUUAUAUUGUAGCUUUGUAUGCCAUCAGGACAUUUGAAAUAUACAACAUGAGUCACACUGAUACUUUUGUGUCCCUUUUGAAGCUUGAAUAGAGGCGGUCACAAUCCAGAAAACCCAUAACAACACUUUAGAUAAUCUGAUUUCGUUCUCAAGGACAAUCCAUCAGGCUUUGAAUUACAAAUAAUGACCAAAUUUGGGAUGAACUCGACCUUUAGAUUUGAAGGUGCCAUCUUAUAAAUGAAGUGGCACAGCAAACAGAAGUAAAUAUCUCAUUUCCUUCCAUCGCAUGGAAAAAUACCUGAAUUCUUUUUUUCUUUCUAACACCACUGUUAUCUUUGACCACUUAGAAACCAACAGGCAAAAACUAUAGAUCCAUCCAGCCUGUCCUUUCUUCGCAAUGUCAACUCAUACGGAACAUUGCUGCCUGAAUAUCCUCCAUUGGCCUGACCUGGACCUAAAGGAACUCUGUGAAGAGACUCUUUGGUUUAUGCUUGACCAGUAAUGAAUGUGUACUUGAAGUGCUCGAUGUUUGAGGACUUCCUCUUUUUGUCUUGCGUUUGUUACAACAAAACACAAACUUAAACGCUUUGACAUGUAACAUAUAAAUCUAGCAUAUGGGAAAUUCAGGAGAGCAGUCUAGUACCCAGUUUUGGUCUCCACCCUGUUAAGUGCACUUUGAGGUUACUUUUAUACAAUUGAAGAAAACCAAUCGAACCUUAUCUUGGGUUGGUUUAAACUGCCUUAUAAUAAUGUUGGUCCUGUCUACCCUGUUCUGUUUAACCUGCUGAUGUGAGUCAGGCAAACAACAGAAGAGAUGAACUAAGCAUGAAAUUUAAUAACGCAUCAAUACAGUCAGUCAGCAUCACUGUUGCAUCUCGUGUGAAAAAAAUAACCAUUUGAAUAAUGCAGACUGACCUCAUGUAUAAAAUUCUAAUGUUUGGUUUUAUGAAUGUGAGGAGCAGCAAAAGAAGAGGAAUGUGUUCGGUGUGUGUACGCGAGUGUUUUUACCAAGUCCAAUCAUUGUUUUAUUUUGGUUUUAUAAGUGCUGUCAAACGAUUAAUUGCGACUAAUUGCAUCUGAAAUUUAAGUUUGUGUUUACAUAAUAUAUGUCUGUUUACUGUGCAUAUUAACUUUAUAUUCAUAAACACACUAACAUGUGUAUAUAUUUAGAAAAUAUUUUGAAUAUUUGUUUAUAUUUAGCAAUAAUUGAAAUUAUAUAAACGUUUAUUCAUUUUUAACAUUUUUCUUAAAUAUGUAUACAUGUAUUUAUUGAUAUUAAUAUGCACAGUACACAGAUGCAUAUUAUGUAAACACAAACUUUUAUUUCGGAUGCGAUUAAUUGUGAUGAAUUGUUUCACUGCCCUUGUUUUAUCAAAGCUUUUGACAUUUGUUACAAGGGUAUACAACCACUUCCUGUUAAAAAAACUCAAACUGCAGAUGGUUUGUGGGUUGUUUUUAUUUUAUAUGUUUUAAUUUCAUUUUAAUUUUAGUUAUCAGAUUUGCUUUCUGUUGUGUAUUGUAGUUACAGCGUGAAUGACCGACUUGUGACUGUUACGGUAAAGAAGUGUACUCUGCUUGUGUUUUCACACCCUUUAUUACCUCAAAGAUCUUUUUAUGCCUUUAAAACAUUAGUUUGUGAAGUUCAGUGGACUGUUUUUGGACAGCCUCUCAUUAUGAGGACGCACACGGGCAGAAACAGACCGUCGUACCGUAUCUGUUUCAGGGAGCUCAUACAUUGUUUUCUAACGCAUACAAAUUGAUAAAAAAAAGCUAAAUACACACACUACACACUUACACUGUGAAUAAUUGUGUAGCAAAAUUGCAUCCCCUGAUUUACACACAAAACGACAUUUUCAAUGGAAUAAAUUCAAGCUUUAACAAACCAAAUGUUAUCCUUCUUUUCCUGAAAAGAGCAGACUAAUGUCCUGUGAGAUUUUACAUCAAAACUAUACAUGAUUUGUAUUUAUGAAAAUGUUGAAAUGGCUGUAUGUUUGUGUUUUGUAUGUCCAUCUGAAUUGUUUAUUUGACUACACCCUUUAGAAAUGAAAAAAAUAUACCAUGAAAUUA